CGUUUAGUAUUGAAUCAAAUAUUAGAUUUCAAUUAGAAAUAUGGGAUCCGAUUGCUUGAGGAAUAUCUAUUUUGUGACAAUUAUUGUGACAUUAAAUGCGAUCACUUGUGAUCCGAUUCCCGUAUUUUGCGAGUCAACACGUUUUGACUCUGUGUUUAACUACGGAUGGAAAGUGCAAAUCAAACUAAAGCCUUGGAUCUGGACUUACGAUAAGGUGUUGUUCAAAGUGAGGGAACCGCCGGAGAAAGAGUACCCUUUCUUGAGUGGAAGAAACUCGACACUGAUGUCAAGCGUUUUCAUAGACAGAGUGCCCGCGUGUCCGCCCAACAGCUCUCCCGAGAAUUGCCAGCAAUUGACUAUCGCUAAUGAGUUGUUCAUAAUGAGACUCAUGGACACAGACACCACACAAGAGUCCACUGUUAUCUACAGACCCAACAAACUGAACCAAUUAGACAUUGUUUGGCCCAAAGACUAUCCCUGGAAUAUGACGGCCACUGACUUCUGGCCCCAAGAGUGGGAUCACAUGCCUCUCAGCGAACGGCCGGCCGUUUAUUACGCAAAGACCUACGAAAUGAUGUAUAUUAUAAAGAGUGGUCUACAAGACGCGGAACUGCUCUUCAAUCCGAUUUCAUCGGUAAACUGGUAUAAGAAGUUCCAAAGAUCUAAACUCAACACAACCGUCCGUUUUAUCGGAAUGUUUACUAUCGAUAACAGAGUGAUUGCCGUCGGUAUCGAUCCUAAAGAUACGACCAAUGAGUACCGCAUUUACGAACUCAAUGGCGAUCAAAGACAAUACGCUUUCAAACCAUCACCAUACACUUUGAAGACAUUUCUCGGUUGUGUGCCUAACGUUGCGAAUCCACCGCCGGAUACAAACACUGUAACCAAUACUAUGGCUACAAUCGGUUCCAGUUCUUCAUCAGUGUCUCCGCAACUAAACAGUGUACCGGAAAGCGAAGGAAAGACGAGUUCGACGACUAUUGUAAUAGUGGUGACCGUAAUCUUGAUUGUGGUAAUAGUGUUGUGCGCCGUUAUAUACUUCUACAUCCGACGCAAUGCGAACACUGAAACCAUUGCUCAGCGAAAAAAGAUGUCUGAAAAGGAAAGCAAAGCCACCGAUACUGAGACCAGAUUGAUGUCCAUCGAGACCAUCAACUCUUCCACUGGAUUUAAAGACAAAUAA